AUGUCCGAAUCCAAAGACCACAGCGUCCCUACCUGGCAUGGAUCUGCUCGCGGCUGGCGAAGGUACACCCGCGAGGUGGCUUGGUUUGUCCAAGGAACUCCCGUGCACAAGCGAAGGUACUCUGCAACUCGCUUGAUGGGUCGAUCGACGGGACCUGCCCGACGUCUUGCGAUGUCCUGGCCUCAGCAGAGUUUCGAUGCUGCAGACGGUGCUCUUCGACUCCUUCGGCGGCUGGCGCAGAGUCCCUUGGUCAGGAAAUCCUUGCCGAAUGCUGCGGCGAUCUGUCAGCAGCACUUUGCCUUCAAGCGCAACCCAGGCGAGUCCAUCGGCAAUUUCCUUGUGCGUGAGACCUUGGUUCAUGAAGAGCUCGUGGAGGCCAUCGUCCGACUUCAUGAGGACAAGCUUGGCGUGCCUCAGGAUCAGAAGGAUUUUGGCCUACCAUCACACGCUGAACGUGGAGAAUCUUGGUGGUACGAUUGGUACGAGGAUUACGAGGGCGACGAGGUCCCUGAGGCAGAUGGCGAUCGACGACCUGAUCUCCCACCUGAUCGAUCCCGUCAAGCUGAUUCUCCGGAUCAAGAUGGUAGCGAUCAGGGAGUUCCUGGAAGCGCGCCAGAUCCUCCGAGAGCCUCGGCUGGGUCGUCCCCAAGUCACCGAGGACCAGAAGAGCUUCCUCAACCACCAAUCUCGGGCACCAAGAACCAACCCGUGGAUGAGAUGUCUGUUGACGAUGCGUUCAUCAUGGGUGUGCUCAGAGGUUGGAGGCUACCUCAGGUCAUCUCCAGUGCCUUGCAGACUCUCUGGGAUGAGCAGCUACUUGGUCAUCGUCCUGCGCCUCAUUAUCAGAACUAUGCCAUGUGCCAGGACGAGAACGAGCUCUACUACCAGAAUGAGGCUUGGCGUGAUGGCUCCGGAGAUUGGUGGGACUAUCAGUCUUACUACUCGUACGGCGAAGAUGACUGGUGGCAAGAUGACUGGGAGGCGCCAGAACAGGCGUCAAUGCCUGUGGCCAACGCUGUCACAGAAGAACCUGCCGAAGAUCCUGCACUUCGUGAAGCCCAGCAGGCGGAGAAGAUAGCGGAGUCCUUAGCCCUAGAUGCCCAGAGGACCUGGGCGGAAGCGCAGAAGGCAACUCAGGCUCUUCGGGUUUGGUGCAGUGAUGUCAUCUACCAAUCCUCCGGUGAAGUAGUAUCGUCGCCGCCCCUCCAACUGGAAGGGCAAGGGCAAGUUCAAGGGCAUGUUCAUGGCGACUACGACUACAUGCGCAACUUCUACGCCGGCAAGAACAAGAAGGACUCGAAGGGCAAGUUCGAUGGCAAGGGCAAGAAGGGUGCGUCCCUGGAAGCUCAGGCCCAGUGGAUGAAGGGCAAGGGCAAGUCCUACGGCGUGGCUCCCCGCACCGUGAACGCGUACAGUGCUGAGUUGUGUCUUCAUGGGUUGGAGAUCUCCCCUGCUUUGGGCCUGGCGGCUUCGACGACCUCCCCAAGCAAGCCUGAGUUGGGAAUUCUUGAUUGCGGAGCUACAGCUUCCGCUGCUCCUGAGGCUGUUCUUCAGGGCCUCAUUCUUCCAUUUUGGAGCAAGACCGUUUUCAACGAUCUUCGACAACUUCCUCUCCUACAUCCCAGCGUGAUGGCGACCUUGUCACCUCCGCAGGAUCAGGCGGCCGCGAACAGCAUCAACUUUGCAAACCCGAAGCCGAAGGCAAAGGCCAAACCCUUGGACCACACUCGAGCUCAGCCUGGAGUCCCGAGAGAUCCGCGAGCGUCGGACAAGGUGUGGCCGUGCUUCAACAAGCAUCGCCCGACCAAGCCUCAGGCAAACAACUUCGGGAGCUGGCAACAUUGCGGAAUCUGCGACCGCCGCAUGAUGUACGUGCCUCGUCAGGGCGCGACCGGUCAGCGCACUUCCUGCAAGAACCCGCAGAUGGUUCAGCGCUGCCUCAAAGAACUGCAGCCCUUGAUGGAGGGCCGCCUUCCGACAGCCAAAGUGGUCCGAGCAAUGCAAGCCAAGAUCGAUGGGGAGGAGGUUCUCCGGACCUACAUCACCGAAGCUCACGCCAGUGCUUCCGGUGGAGAGCUUGACCUGGAUGCCGCUCUGGCUGGUACGACUGUUGGGGAUGUGAAAGCUUGUCUGAGUGACGCACAUGAAAUGCCAGUUUAUCUUCAACGACUGUUCAGCGGAGCCAUGGAAGUGUCCGAAUGCAGGUUGCUGGCUGAACUGGUGGCCUCCGGCUGCGAGAGUCUGCUCUUGGUGCUGAACUUGGCAAGCGUAGCAGAGUUGCUUGUCGAACAUCAUGCCGCGAUGAAUACUGUUUGGCGUCCUGAUGGUAGCGCCGCGUUGCUGUUGGCUAUUGGCAUCUCGUCGCGGCCAGGUAAGCUAGACAUCGCUCGUGAACUGCUUGUUGCCCGGGCCGAUGUCAAUGCGUGGGACAAGAGAGGAACGACGGCGUUGAUGUUGACCGCAGAGAGAGGCGCCAUGCCGCUGCAUAUAGCGGCCACGCGUGGUCACGUGGCAGUUGCGGAUCUUUUGCUCCGUGCCGGUGCGGACAAGAACGUAACCAAUGGUGACGGUAAGACGGCGCGGGCAGAGGCUCUGAUGAGUGGUCACGCGGAGCUCGUUCGCGUGCUGCGUUAG